AUGGCGUCGGUAUGCGCGUCGGCGUGCGAUCUGCAUGCAUCACUGAGCGAUAUCGGUGAGACAGACAGACAGAUGGUGCUUAUCCAUGUCGAUAACACCUUGCUUGCAAUGCGCACGAGCAAACGGCUCAAUUAUCGCAGCGGCCCGCGAAAGGAGAAGGAAGCCAGCGAGUACGCUGUUGCUCAGGAACUGCAUGGCCUGCAGCGGCGUCUCUUCGCUGGGGCUCUGCCUGUGUCCAGCCGCACUCCGUCUUUGUCCUCGGUGCACCCUACUCCGCAGGGAGACAGUAAUCCUGCCUGUGGCUUCUCCACCGAAGCACUACCGGGUCUCGUUCCAUUGACUCUACAGGACAACCACGCGAAUCACAGUGAGGUGAGUGAGGUGGCAAUUCUGAGCGCCUUCGCGAACGUAUGUCGCAGCCCUAACACCUCGGCAGUUGUCACCGGCGUCGCCCUCACCGCUUUGGUCGACAUGUUGGACUUGCCCUGCGCAUUCGUGUCCAUUUACGGCGUGUACGCCGCCAUCGAGGCCGCCUCCGAAACGCGGGCUGAGGUGCAUGAUAGCGCGUCGCAUGAGGUGCUGCUCUCUCGCAUCUUUAGCGUCUAUGUCGCUGCUCUGAAUCACCCCGCAGCGGUGAUGGCCGACGGCGACGUGCACGUACGGGCACUUGGCCGCAUGAUGGUGCUGGCCACGCACCCCGAGGCAAGUCAGCUGCUGAAGCGCACCGUGGAGAAGAGCAUGCAGCUCAUCGUCAUGACGUUGUUUCGGCGGUUGCUGCAUCUGCCAGUGGACGAGGGCGCGCGCGGGGCGUUAGUGGCGGCGGGUGUGACGGUGCUGCGGUUCAUAAGCCGCCUCAUCAGCGGCGAAAUCGCCUGCUUCGACAACGACGGCCGCGAGGUGGCGUCGACGGUGGCGCUUAGCGGCAGUGAGGGCUUGGGGGGCACUUCAGCGAGCGGUGGAAGCGGCAACGACAAGACCCUACCUUUGGAGAACACGAUCACGCUAAUUCAACUGGAGGGACUCGCACUCGCGCAGGAUUGUCUGCUGCUGCUUCGGUGCUCCCUCAGCAAGCCUUUGUUUGCGCCGCUGCUGGACACGGUGCAGAACCAGCUGUGCCGCGCGCUCUUGAUUGCCGGCGUUGGCACUACGCGCAUCAUCGUUCUUGCCCAGGCGCUGCGCACUGUCCACCUCGUCAUGCAGGGCAACUCGGAGCACUUGAUCCCGCAGAUAUACAACUUCAUCCGCGUGCUGCACCUCAACCCGCUGGAGGCGCUCGCAAACGAGCUUGCCGACGCCGGUGCGGGCCAGCCGGGAUCGCCAGUAGGCAGUAGCGGUUCUCCGGGCGCGUCCAGGUCUCCGGCCAGUCCUGUCAGCAAUACUUCCUCCGGCCACGGCAACACUGGCCGGCUCUCUGUGCAGCAGCUGCAGAGGAAGCAGGAGCGGCGCGACAUCAUUUUGGAGAGCUUGGCGGAGUUUUGCAGCGACCCGCGCUUUGGCAUCUUCUGCUUUAUCCACUACGACCUUUCGUGGCGAUACGCCUCGCUGCUGCCGCAGCUUUACCAGGUCCUGGCAAACCACGCCUACCCCGUCUUUCACGGCGACCCAGAGGAGGUGGCGACAGCGGCGUGGUCACAGCGGCGGGGUGGCAUGGCAGGAGACCGCAAGGCCGCCGCCCAUCGACGCCAGAGGGCUGCUGCCGCUGUGGACUACCGCAGAGACAGGCGCCAACGGAGCAUGGCGGCGAGGCGUCUGCCGCGCAGCACCCAACGCACGUCGCUAGAUGCGACGACGAACAUGGUGUCCGGCAUCGCGAUCCGAGCAAUCGCGUCAGGCGCAUUGCCGUCGAGGGCCGCCGAGUCGGAUACCACCAUGGGCGCUGGAAGCGCCUCGACGUCCCUCACGGAGUUACAUCGCCUCAUCGAGCAUGCGCAGAAGGAGAAGGACAAGCUGAACCACUUUGCAUCCCUCUUCGAGCACUCGCCGAUAAAGAAAGGCAUCCCGUUCCUGCUCGAGCACGCCAUUCGCGUGCCUCCCGGCGCGGAGGAGGAGAGCUCCUUGAAGCACUGUACAAAGCUUGUGCUUGCAGAGCCGGCAGGGGGGCGGGAGCUCGGCGAGGCCCUAUACCGUCUCAGCAUUGUGCUGAACAAGCGUGUGCUUGGCGACUACAUUGGUGAGCAGGGCCGCAACAAGCCAGAGGACGUCGCCGCUGCCGAGGAUGCAACGAGACCGGCUGCUCUCUUCUCCGUCCGCUUCUUCGAGGAGCAGCUUGACGGCUUUAUUCACCAGUUUGAGUUUCACAACAAGCCGCUGCUAGAGUCGAUUCGGGAAAUGGUGUUCCUCCUCUGUCUGCCCGGCGAGUCGCAGAAGAUUGACCGAGUGAUGGAGUCCUUUGCGAAGCACUGGUACCAGCAGAAUUUGACCUACCGCGAGGACGGCACAGUGGUCAAGGACGAGACGAUCAACCCCUUCCACAGCGAGUCCGGCGCCUUUGUCCUCUCUUUUGCCAUCAUUAUGCUCAACACGGACCAGCACUCCGGCAAGGUGGCGCAGCAGAUGAAGAGGGAGGACUUUGUGAAGAUGAACCGCGGCAUCGACGACGGCAAGGACAUUCCCGUGGCCUACCUCCGCAGCAUCUACGACGAUGUUCGUCAGCACGAGGUGGUGAUGGCCGAGAUGAUGGAUCGCGGCUUCGCGAACAGUACGACGUGGAGGCUGGAAAUGCAGCCGUGCUUGAGCUUUGUGCAUCACGGGCUGAGCGCAGCGGCAGAGCUCGAGAAGGCGGAGCCGGUGAAGACGCUGGCAAACAUAUCUUACGAACUCGGCGCUGCGACUGCCACCUCCACGGCGGGCUCGACAGUCGGCACGGCGCGUAUCCUUGACACUAAGAGUGGCGUCCUUCAGAUCUUCGACCUGUUUCUCUUUCAGUCUCUCUGGAAGCGUAGUCUGCUCGUGUUCGAUGGCAUGUUGGCGUCUGCCGUGGACGAGGUGUCGCUGUCGAUUGUGGCCACCGGUGACACCGUCGCGCGCGCCGUCGAGGAGGCGGAGCAGCAGUUGCCGGCCGAGAUGGCUAUUCUGCAGUUGAGCCUGCGCGGCGUCUGCCUGCUGGCGCGUGCUGCCCACGCGCUUUCUUUACCUGUAGUGGCCGACCAGUGCUUUAUGGGGCUGCUAAAGUACGUUGUGAUGAGCGACUUGACGAACGCCGAGGAAGAGGUGCGCGCCCUGUACCGCAGUGUGCCGAAACUGUUGUGCAUGCGCGAGGUCUUUGCGCUGUUCGUGGACAUCCACAGCAGCCUUGCGGACAGCUGGCUGCCGCUGUCGCGCUUGAUACUGGACAUGCAGUUGAUGGGGCUGUUUGUCGAGCCAGCGCAAGAGGCGGCGAGGCGCAGAUCGAAACCGUGUGAGGCUGGUGACGGCGACGCUGAGGCAUCGGAAAGCAGGGCAGCGCAGCGGUCGGUGUCGACGCCAGCAGGCCCCCUUCACGUGCUUCUGCAGGAUCCCGGCAUCUGCGCCAACGUCUUUGCACCACUCACGACCGCCUCCACUGCUGGGGACAUCGCCGCGGAGCAGAAAGCGGCGAGUGAGCGCGGUUGGUUCUCUUCUCUUUUUGGGGGCAGCGGGGCGCUGCAGGUGUCGGCGGUCCAGCUGUCUGAGCUGCGGGAUGCGCUCGGGCGAAUAGGCAGCUGCAUCCCGAAUAUGCGUCGGCUUUUGACGAUUCUGCAGCGAGUGUCAGCUGACCCGAACGCUGCCCAGCGGUGUGUGUGCAGUCUCUCUGCCGUUUCUAGCAUUGAGGAAGAUGUCGCCGGCGGCGGCGGUAACGGCGUCAGUCCUGUCUCAGCAGAAGAGGAGGGCAAGAAAGGGAAUGGGCACCCCAGCGACCUGGACGAGGCGUCCGCCUACGCCGCCUCGUACGAACUCGCUUUCAUCUGCGCAGUUGUGGGUGGCGCCUCAACAGCGGCGGUGCUUCAACCCGCGAACGUCGCCUUGCUCACCACCCGCGUUAGCCGACUGCUGCGGGAGGUGGACGUGUAUCUGCGCGACACCCGCGCGAGCGACGGUGUGCGGGCGUACUGGUGCACCCUUGGCAAUCGCGUCGUGUGCGCGUCGCUGCAGCUCAUGGCGGUUCACUGGCGCGGCCAGCACGGUGCCGUCGCGAUGGAGCAGCUAUGGGCAUGCUGGAUGCGCGCUGCUCCUUCGACCUUCGCCGUCGUCGUGGCUCGCCCCGUUGCAGCGUUUCUCUACGAUCAAGUUGUGCUGGGUGAAGCUGAGAACGGCACUGGCCCAGGUGAGAGGGAGAGGGAUGCAAUGGCGCCGUGGGCCUCUGGCAGCGAAGUACUUGUUCUCCUUGCACCCUUCGCUGUACACGCCGUCGCCGUCUCUGAUGCUGUGGUACAGCGCCAGAUUGGCUGCCUCCUUUUGCAUGUGGUGCAGCCACGCCGCUACAGCGUCUCGGACGACACGGAGAGUAUUGUGUCGCUCUGUCUGUCGUUUAGCGUGUGGAUGCGACACGGCCGCGCCGCAGGGUCGAGUACGGCGGUCGGUGACACGCCAGAGAGCCAUGAAGCGGCACUCACGAAAGCGGAUUGCGGGACGGUGGAGACUGCAUCCCUUCCAAGCGGCGUCAGCGUGGCGGAGGUGCUGGGCCUGUGUGGGCGAAAUGUACUCCUGGACAACGCCGACGCGGCUCCCGGUGGGACUGACGGGGGAAGGGGUGAGUGGUGCAGGCUUUGGGUGUUUGUGCUUCGAAGUCUUGGCGCGCUGGCCCUCUGCAGCUCCGAUGCGCGCGACGGCAGCGAGGCAAUCUUGUGCCUGCAGCGCGCUUUGCUAGAUUCGGAAGCACACGAUCUUCCCUCCUCUGCGGUUGUGGCUGUGUAUGAGGACAUCCUCAUCCCUCUGACAGAGCGUCUGUGCGCACCGAAGGCGCGAUUGCAGACCGGUCUGCAGUGGACCGGCGCGAGAAAGGCUGCCUCGGGCGAAAACAACGGUGCCCUCGCGAGCUUCAGCGGAAGCGUCCUCGGCAGCCUCUUCAACUCACUCCUGUCGCCGGCGUCGCCGGAGCGGAACGGGCACGGUGAGUUGAUGGCUUAUGUAGCCGGCGCCUCCCCUGCGUCUCGGCGAUCUACACCACCGACGCUUGUGUUCACGGAGGUGAAGUGCCGAUUACUGAGCUUGGUGCCCAAGGUCCUGCUGCGGUACACGGCCCCGCUGACGACGCAGCCAGAUUUGCUGCUGUCUUUGUGGAGGCGGGUUCUGGGCACCUUGUACGCGGUGUACAGUGCUUACCCGGUCAUGGAGGAUGCUGCCGGACGUGACAUGGGCGGCGGUAGCACCUCCCAUGAUGAUGCGAUGCUGGUGCAGGAGGCGGUGGAGGAGACUGUAAAGAAUAUGAUCUACGUGGUCGCUUCCACCUGGAACGGCCCGUCGUUGCCCACAGUGGGCGGUGCCACCGGUACCCAGCAGCAGCACGCGGCUGCUUUCUGGGCCGCGAUUGUGCGCUUCUUGCAGCCUUUUGCGUUCUCGGCACCGCUGAUUGAUUUCAUGGUCCAGGCUGGCCUUGUGCGGGUAGAAGCCGGUGCUGAGGCUGCUACCGCACCGGACACUGUUGCUCCAGCUGGUUGA